AUGGGGAAUGUCAACCAGUCGCCCAAAGACACGAAUCCCACAGUCAGAGUAGAGGGUACAUAUUGGAGGGUGGACUGUACAGAACAGAGCGAGUACAGAGGCUUGCGGUUUUGGCUGAAGGCGGCUCGACGUGAGCCUCGCGAGCCUUGUGUGCUGCACUGUCUCGGUGUCCGUCACGUUGGUCACCUUUGCUUCGGUAUGGUCGCCACAGAGGUGCUUGGAAUGUCUGUCACAGCACUGGCGGGCGCUAGUGUAACAUUCAUUGGAGCCGCAAGCACGGCGGCGUCGAGGUUCGGGUUGCCUUUCUUUUACCUCUAUGGUAUGGGAACCUUGCUCGCUGGGCUCGCGCUCACAGCAACCUGCAUCAUCAGGGGCGAGCUCUCACAGCUGUCCUGGGGUUGCUGGAAAUGGGUCAUCUUGAGAGGCGUCUUCGGCGCGAGUGUCUUUUCCUUGACUUUGAUGGCUGUCUCAUUCGGUGCGUCGCUGGGAGACGUAAACGCGCUUUCUUGCAUCAACAUCGUAAUGUCCGCGUUGUUGGGGCGUGCUUUCCUUGGCGAGGCAUUGCACCCUCUUCACGGCCUUGCGCUGCUCAUGAGCGUUGUGGGCGCAGUACUCGUAUCGAAGCCUGAGUUUCUCUUCGGUGGUGCCAGCAUGAAUCGGGCGCCAUUGCUUGGCUACGCCACGGCGCUGGCAGCCGGGGUAGCUUCUGGGGGGACUUUCAUUGCUGCGCGAAGGGCACAUGACAUCAGUCCCCUCGUGAUGACCACUUCCGUCAUGGUAAUCGAGGGGGGCAUCAGUUUUGUGCUGCCUCUAGCCGGCAUGGUAAAUGAGCUGCCUCUGCAGAGCGUAUUUGCGGCUCCGCUGAGGACGACGGUUGCGCUGAUUGCUUUCAUGGCUCUCAGCAUCUUCGCGUCGGGAGCCAUGAGCCUCGGCGCGCAGCUGUGCCCUGCUGCUCUAAGCUCCACCAUAUUUUCGGCCACCAGCAUGGCGCUGGGAUACGCCUUCCAGUUCUUGCUGUAUCGCCAUGGACCUGAACUACUUACAACCUUUGGAGCUACAUUGAUGUUGAGUGCAGUUGCGUUGAUGGCGUUCGCCCGGUGGCUGUAUCACCCUCCCGUCGAGAUAUCCGUGGGUCAGACAGCACGAGACGAUGUCAGCCAGGCGAGUGAACAGUCUUCGGUUAGCUUGGUGAGCUUUGUGGCAUCAGAGUGGUCGGCUUUCUCCCCCAGAGCCGUGAGACUGAGGCAGCGCACAAGUUCAGUCACUACAGCUCUUCCAGUAGCUUUUCCUGUUGGCGUUCCAUUCGCCUGA